ACCACGGAGAGACGUUGUCGAGACACGACUCGUCGUUUGUUCUGGAUUGUAAGGGAGGGACUCUCGGGUGUCCUCUUCCAUCGUCGCCCGAAAUGGAGGACUCUCCUUCGGUCGCCCCAUCCUCGUCCCAACAGCCGUUGCAUAUCACUGAUAUCCGCGACGAUAUCCGCUUCAAUUCUCGAUUUUCUCAGGUCAAUUCGUGUGUAUUUGCUUGGGGUAGAGGAGAUCUGGGACAGCUUGGUUUGGGGGACGAUGUCGGACGUGAGUACCCAAAUUUUGUCGAAUCUUUAUUGGACAAAUCUGUCGUACAUAUUUCCGGAAGUGAAUAUCAUACUGCCUUUCUCACUGGAGAUGGUGACCUAUUCAUGACUGGCAGUAAUGAGUAUGGGCAGCUUGGAAUAGGAUCACGGGAAUCACAGCUUUUACCUGCAAGAGUAUCUGCCUUAGACAUCUACCGGAUUACACAUGUAGCCUGCGGACAAGCUCACACAGUAGCUGUUACUGAUUUGGGUGCUUUGGUGUCUUGGGGAGCAUCAGAGUUUGGUCAAUUAGGCCUCAAGGAUAUGAUUGAAGUUGUCGAUGUGAUUCAACCACGCGUUGUCAGGGGAUCUCAGGAACUGCAUUUUGUUCGUGUUGCUUGUGGGGCUGCUCAUACACUUGCAUUGACAGGAAGUGGUGAUGUAUACUCCUUUGGUCAAGGUAUAUAUGGUGCCCUUGGAUUAUCCGACGCAGAUGACCGUUGCACUCCCACUCAUGUGCAGGAGUUGUGGGGAUUGGGAAUUAUUCAGAUUGCAUGUGGAGAAAAUCACAGUGCUGCUUUAUCUGUGGAUGGCCAGGUGUUUACAUGGGGAAGAGGAAAGUAUGGGCAGUUAGGACAUGACAGUUUGCAAAGUGAGUUGAAACCCCUACCUGUAAAAGCUCUCUCUGACCAGAUGAUUGUUCAAGUGGUUUGUGGGGGUAACCACACAAUGGCUAUAAAUGAAGAAGGCAUCCUUUUUUCUUGGGGCCAAGGCCAUUGGGGUCAAACAGGACAUGGAGUUGUGGAUGAUAUACCUCUUCCAAGAGAAGUGCAUUCUCUAUGUGGAUCACGGAUAAUUCAAGCAUCUGCUGGUUCUCGGCAUUCAAUUGCAGUUACUGAGGAUUGGAAGUUAUAUGGGUGGGGAGAUGGGGAGCAAAAUCAACUUGGACACACUAAAAGAAUUAAUCUUUUGCCAUCCUUGAUUCCUAAUCUGGAACGUGAGGGUUUCAGUCUUCUCUAUGCCGUGGCUGCAGGUGAACACACUGUUACUUCUUUUCGACAUCAUGUUCUGGAUACUCUGAGAUAUGAAGGCUUGUCAACUGCAGAUUAUACUCAGCAUGAGAAUGGUGGGUCGCUGGCUGAUGAAAUAGUCCAAAAUGCUAAUCAGUUACCAAUAGUUGUGCAACAUCAGGAUGUCAGGGAAGAACAACCAUUUGUGGAGCCUUCAAGAUUGCCAGAUGGUUCUGGGACUGAAGAUAUGCAUGGAAAGGGGUUGAGGCCAGUAGUCAUUCCAUAUCUGCCAAAAAUUCUUGAGGACUGCAUAAAAUCAGCAAGAAUCUUGGCAGUUCAUGUACAUGCAAUGGAAGAUGUUUUCUCAUCUACAAGAUUUCUCAUUUUAUCAUUUAAGCUGCAGCCUUCUCGUUGGCUGGGUACAGAAGAUUCGAAGAGUACAGUGCUCUUGAACAAACUUGGUCAAGAUGGUCCUGGACUUGAUAUUCUUCUUAUUCGUGAUGUUUAUCAGCACAUCUUGGAGCUGUAUAACCCAGAGGUUUUGAGAAGGCUGGUUAGUUCCAUGCAUCGUUUGCUAGAAGGUAUAGAAAGGCAUAUGCAUGGAGUUCCUGAAUCAAGGUGGACAAGGGUAUUGCUAAUUUCUCUUCAGUGUCCUCUUAUUGGAGAAAAGGGGCCUGGAGACGCUCUUGCCACCAAACUGUUUUCCAUUUUUGAAUGUAUUUCUCCAACAGUGAGAAAUACAAUUAUUGAAUGGCUAGAAGCAUAUCCUAAAGAAGUUUUUGGUGGAAGAUUCAUCAGAGGUGUGCAGAAAUAUCUUUCUAGCAGGAAGAACGUCUUGGGCUUUGAUGGGGACAUGCCUAGAGAUGUUGUGUCAGCAAUGAAGGUCUUAUCAAUCCUUAAUGAUGCUAACAAGCUCACCCAUUUGGUUCCAUACACAGAAUUUUACAAUACCACGAUUAGUAGUAAUAAUUUGCUAAAGUUUUGGCAGAAAGAGCUUAUGAAGUGGGUUGAUGUUCUUCAUGACAAGUCAAGAAGCAAACUUGUUUCUUUAUGUCAGGUACCAUUUCUGCUUACUCCAGAAGCUAAAAGCCAAAUUUUACAGGCUGAAGCUGAAAUUCACAAGCAACUUUCAGUACAGAGGGCUGUAUUCCAACAUGUCUUCCUGCAUGCUGCCACAAAUCCAUUCCUUAUACUGAGGGUACGCCGUAGCAAUCUAGUUGCUGACACAUUGCGACAAUUGUCUACUUCACAUCAUGAUGAGUUUAAGAAGCCUUUGAAGGUGAUAUUUGAGGGUGAAGAAGGUGUGGAUGAAGGGGGUGUAAGGAAAGAAUUUUUUGAGAUUUUAGUGCGCGAUCUUUUUAAUGCAGGAUAUGGUAUGUUUGUAUACAAUGAUGAAACAAGGAAUUUUUGGUUCAAUGCAAAUUCGAUUGAUUCUGAGCAUGAGUUUUGGUUGGUUGGAACAAUUUUGGGGUUGGCAAUUUAUAAUGGCAUCAUUCUUGAUCUCCACCUUCCAAAGGUUGUCUAUAAGAAAAUGAUGGGUUUAAACCCUUGCCUGGGUGAUCUCAAAGACUUGCGACCUGAUGUAAUUAAAGGUUUGCUUCAUCUUCUGGAGUUCACGGGUAAUGUGUUUGAUACCUUUUGCUUGUAUUUCCAGAUCACGUAUGAUUAUUUCGGAGAGAUGCGUACUCAUGAUCUUUUGCCUAAUGGACGUGAUAUACCAGUAACAAAUGAAAAUCGACAAAGGUAUGUGGAGCUAUAUGUGAAGUAUCUACUGGUCGAUUCUAUUGCUAAACAAUUUUCAGCAUUUUCAAGGGCAUUUCAUGAGGUUUGUGGAGGGCAUGCACUAAAACUUUUCUAUUAUGAAGAGCUGGAAUUGCUGAUUUCGGGUUUGCCUCAUUAUGAUUUUGAUGCACUAGAACGGGUUACUGUUUAUGAUGGUGGUUACUCUAGAGAAAGCAAGGUCAUCAGAUGGUUUUGGGAGCUGGUACAUAAAAUGAGCCUUGAAGAGAAGAAGGCACUGCUUUUUUUUACAACUGGAAAUGAUAGAGCGCCCAUUGGUGGUCUUGGAAGUCUCCCGUUUGUCAUUAUCCGAAAUGGAGAUGAUACUGACAGAUUGCCAACCUCACACACGUGUUUCAACGUACUAAUGAUUCCAGAGUAUCAAACCAAGUCUAAACUUGAGGACAGGCUCAAACUUGCAAUAUCCAAUUCAAUUGGGUUUGGCCUGCAAUAAGGGCGAUGUUAUGAGUCCACAUGCUAUGAUCAACCGCUCUAUUAUUAAAUGAUAUGUUAGAGGAUUAUUGUCUGAAAAUCUUUAGUAUUUGCAUCACCAUUUGAAGCUGUUGCAUUUUUUCUCCAUGGAUGAUCAAAUCGCAAAUCAGAAGCCUGUCCCUUGAAGUGAAGGAGCUGACUGCAGCCUUUGGUUUUAAUGAGAUUAAAGGGUACCAUUGUUGUUGCACCUGUUGCAUAUAAGAAUAACAGUGAUUGUGCUCCAAUGGGGUUGCGUCAUAGGCAAGGUUCGCCAUGGCCUUCAGCUUAUGUUACUGUACUUCAUCUUGUAUCAUAUUGUUAUUCAAUUGACCAUUAUUAAUAAGAUCAUGUUCGUGCUUUAGAUAAAGUGUCAGCUUUAUUUAGUGGUCAUACUGUUUGGAGAGCAUGCGUAGCAUGUCAUGCCCUCCUUGUAUGGUCCCGUAAACCUUAUCAGUUUCUUGUUUAUUAGCUGAUUAGUAGUUGAAAAUGCAUUCCAACUGUACGCA